AUGUUCCAUUUAACCAAGAUUUAAGACAAUUUAACCCCUCGUUCCUGGAGCAUUGUUUUGACUUGCACAUUACGGAGCACUUGCCUGUUCUCUCUCUCUCCCUCCAAUGCAAGGCCGCGACCACAAGGGGAGAAAUGAUGAUGACAUCCCCAUCAUGGAUCGCUAUCGCUGGUACGAUACUGGUACGAUACGGAACAGAUACGGGACCGCCCGCAGUCACUCUACCCCAUUGCGGGUAGAGAUCGUGUAUCGGCUCCGUCUGGCGCGUAUGACUCCCUCCUUCACGGGACCCGCGUUCCAAAACACAGUCAAAUGCCAGGCGCUUAUCUCCACGCUUGUUCUUCUCACCUCCUUCGUCACCCUCUCCUCCUCCUCCUUCUUCCUCCUGCGUGGAAUCCUCCUACCUCCGGACCAUCCCCUCCGAAUCUUGACACAUUGAUUUAGUCCUCACGUCUUACUUUAGCGUUUGAAUUCUCCCAAGCAAUGCGUGUCUCAGCUCAUCCGGAUCUUGUCUCCGAUCUGAAGGUCUGCAAUGUU